GCUUAAAGAUCCUUGUCUGAAAACAAUUGAAGAAUCUUGUCUAAUAGCCCGUCUCUCGCGCCCUUCAUCCGAUCUUGGCUGAUCGUUCAAUAUUAAUCUCAAUUUCACCCACUUUCUACGCUUCCAUCUAUGCUUGAUUUUAGCUUCCUCUGACUUCCUAUCUCUUCCUUCUCUGUAUAUAUCCAGAUCUUUCAUUUGGAUUUGUAUGUCUUGAUUUUCUGCGCCUACUAAACUCUUGUCACCAAAACCAAACAAACAAUCUCAGACAUAUUCACCCGUCAUAUCGUUUCCGCCGAUUUGGAUUCUGGAGUUCUGGAAGUGACGGGAUUUUUCACGUUGUUUCUUGCGGUGAUCGGUGACUGAAGUGUCUUUCGAUUGUAGACCUUUGCAAAAUUUCAGAGCUUCCAUUCCUUCCAGGUCUUAAGAAUUUAUUAUGGGUUAUCUGCGAGGACCAGUUAUGUGCCCCUCUGCCCGUACCACACUAGCAGGAUUCUGCAGCCUGCCUAUGAUUGGACCAAUAAAUGCAAGUUGUAUGCGUAGCGAAUUUUUGGGACUCAAGGAAUUCAGCCGCGGCAAAGCUAAGGCCAAUAUUCUCUUCUGCCAAAUAAAUGCACGAAAGCGCAAGGUAGUGCAGUGCAACUUCAACUCAUCCUCAAAUGGCAGCGGAAGUAUGGCGGGGAAUUUCAAUGAAAAAGAUGAGGAUUAUGUCAACUCUAGUGUAAUCGAGGCUGUUGAAGUGAAGAGUGGAGCAGAUGGUUUUGUAGUUAAAAUGAGGGAUGGUAGACACUUAAGGUGCGUCCAUAACAACCCUCAGGGAGGACAUUUGCCAGAUUACGCACCACAUCCUGCAAUUGUACUGAAGAUGGAUGAUGGAGCCGGUCUACUUCUCCCUAUAAUUGUUUCGGAGAUGCCCAGCGUUUUGCUAAUGGCAGCAGUACGAAAUGUUCAAAUAGCUAGACCUACUCUGUAUCAAGUUAUAAAGGAGAUGGUUGACAAGAUGGGCUAUGAAGUCAGACUUGCCAGAGUUACUAAGAGAGUGCAUGAGGCAUACUUUGCUCAACUAUAUCUUACGAAGGUUGGGAAUGAGAAUGAAUGUAUUAGCUUCGAUCUUCGACCUUCAGAUGCUAUCAACAUAGCUGCAAGAUGCAAGGUGCCAAUACAAGUUAACAAGUACUUGGCUUAUAGUGACGGAAUGAGAGUAAUUGAAUCUGGCAAGUUAUCUGCACAGUCCCAUGGUUCAGAUGGUCUAUUAUUUGCUGAACUGGACCGGCCAAGCAGUCAGCCUUGUGCUGAAACCCAGGAGUUCAAUCUCUUGCACAACAUGAUGAAAGCUGUUGUCGAAGAGCGCUAUAAAGAUGCUGGUAAUCCAACAAUCUAGCUAAGUGAUUCUCUAGUGCAUUCUUUGAAUUAGGAUUGAAGUCCUGCAAGGUCAUGUUUCUAUAUUUCAAUCCCCCCUCAAAUCUUAAAUAUAAGAAUUUGAUUCUAAAUGUAAUAUCUCAAUUCAUUGUCUUAAAAAUUUGUAAUUUUUUCCCAACUUAUCCUAUUAAUUGCACAUAUUAGAGAAUUAUUUCUAUGAAUGAGAUAAUUUCCAAUACAAAUUUUUAAUAAGGUAUUCUAAAAAAGCCAAUACAUUUUUUUUGUUUUUACACAAAAGGCAUAUGCCACUUUAUUGAGCAAGCACACGGUAUUCUUUCGUAAAAGGCCAAAGAAUAGUUCGCUCUGUGCUCACUGUGUCGCUGCUUAAAGUGGCAUAGGCCUAUUUUUGGGAGGAUCGCCCCACAAGGUGCUGCCCCCAGAAGGGGGUGCCGGAGAGGGUGAGAGCCCGUCAUGCCGGACCCUGUCAAAUUGAGUAAUUUUCUUAAUU